UUCAGUAAUAGAGGUGAUUUAUCAGUAAAAUGCCCAUUCUGAUUGGUCAGUUCCUCCCGUUGUGUCACGUUUCACAGAUCUGGAUUGUCCGCACAUUGUAUGUUGAGUCUGGUUUCAAGUUACGAUGGUCCAGAAAAAAAACAUUGUAUGUUGAAACUAUUGUAUGUUGAGGCCAUUGUAAGUUGAGGGAUCACUUGUACAUGUAACCCUGUGGAGUCACACAGGCUGCAUUAUCUGAAAUGCCCAGUAGAUGGCAGAUGGACUCAGUAUGCUGUUAAUAAAACAUUGAGCAUUGAUCACAUGACUUGCUGCCAUUUCAGUCACAUGAUUGUGGCAUCAUGGCAGGUCCUGUUAGGAUACUUCCUGCACAGCUCUGAGGAAGGAGGUCCUGGAAGACUUGUACAAGUUACCACAUGCUCAGCCAGAGAAAGGACAUGCUCCUAGCUAUUCACAUCUUCUGUACAUCAUCGAUUGUCACCGGGAUGUGAACGGGAUGCGCAGCACAGAUCCCAGCUGCGCGUGCGCAUUUACGCUUUGGAAGGUUUGUAGAUAACCGACUAUGUGCGAUCUGAUAGGGAGAUGCCGCGCAGCCGCACUGACAGUGUUUACAAACACAGUCAAGGAGCGUGAGCCCCCAGCAGAUCGCGACAUCGGUAACAAGGUCCUCACAUGUAUAGUUGUUUAUUUAUUUAUAUACAAUGGUCCUUAUUAUCAAUGAUCGACCAAGGAUGGACGAUGCCAGAAACCACAUGUCUGGGAGGAUAUUAGACCUCACCCUGGAGAUAAUCUACUGGAUCACUGGAGAGGAUUACACAGUAGUGAAGAAGUCGUCUGGUGAGUGUGUGACCCCCCGUGUGUCAGGAGGGCGGGGCAGGAGCCAGAGCCCCGCCCCUGAGGAGCCUCCACCUCAUUCACUGAUACAUGAGCAGAAGAUCCUAGAACUUACCUCCAGGAUCACUGAGCUGCUGACUGUAGAGGUUCCUAUAAGGUGUCAGGAUGUCGCUGUCUAUUUCUCCAUGGAGGAGUGGGAGUAUUUAGGAGGACACAAGGAUCUGUACGCAGACAUAGUCAUGAUGGAGGAUCAGCAGCCCCUCACAUCACCACUGGAUGGAUCCAGUCAGAGAAAUCCCCCAGAGAGAUGUCCCCGUCCUCUAUAUUCCCAGGAUUGUAAAGAGGAAGAGCAGAAUGUCCCUGUGGAUCAUCAGGGUGAAAUAUUUGUCCUAAAUAUCGAAUCCUUACAGGAAAGUGAUGGUGGAACAAUAAGUGAACCUGAAAACCCUGAGUCCCUGUCAGUGAAUGGUGAAGACUGGAUGAGUGGCUCCCGUGGACAUCUCCUUUCAUCUCCCCAUUAUGAGGAUAACCAUUCCGCACAAGCAAAUUCUAUAACUCCUAAUGUAACCUUUGACCUCCACAACAGCGAUCUAGCUACUGGUCACCAGAAAACUUCAUCUAAUCGAUCACUGAUUGCCAAACAAAGACCUGGCUUUAGUAGGGGGAACAUAUUUGGGAAAUAUUAUAAAAAGAAAAAAGAGCCGCUUUCAUGUUCCGAAUGUGGGAAAUGUUUUAGGCUAAAAGCAAAUCUUGUGGAACAUCUGAGUCGUCAUAGUGGAGAGAAGCCGUUUUCAUGUCCUGAAUGUGGUAAACGUUUGGGCACUAAAUUGGGUCUUGUUCGGCAUAAGAGAACUCACACGGAGGAGAAGCCAUUUUUAUGUCAUGAAUGUGGGAAGAAUUUCACUCAGAAAUCAGGCCUUAGGGAACAUUUAAGAAGUCACUCAGGGAUGCUGCCAUUUUCUUGUGCCGAAUGUGGGAAAUGUUUUAGUAAGAAAUCUAGUUUUAUGAAACACCUAAGAAUUCACACGGGAGAGAAGCCAUUUUCAUGUUCCGAAUGUGGUAAAAGUUUUAGCCAGAAAUCAAAUCUUGUGAAGCAUCAAAGAAGUCACACAGGGGAGAGGCCGUUUCCAUGUUUAGAAUGUGAGAAAAGUUUUAGCCAAAAAUCUAAACUAAUGAGGCAUUUAAGAAUCCACACAGGAGAGAAGCCAUAUUCAUGCUCAGAGUGUGGGAAAUGUUUUAGCCAGAAAUCAAUUCUUAUGAAACAUCUAAGAAUCCACACAGGGGAGAAGCCAUUUUCAUGUUCAGAUUGUGGGAAAUGUUUUAGCCAAAAAUCAAUUCUCAGGGAACAUCUAAGAAGUCACACAGGAGAGAAGCCGUUUUCAUGUUCAGAAUGUGGUAAAUGUUUUACCCGUAAAUCAGGUUAUACUCAUCAUCUGAGAACUCACACUGAGGGAAAGCCUCAGUUUUCAUGUCUUGAAUGUGGGAAAUGUUUUAAUAAUAAAUCUUCUUUUGUGAACCAUCAAAGAAUUCACACACGGGGCAAGCCUAUGUAAUCAUGUGGGCCCUGAUCGCAUGGGCACUGCCAUUAGCUGGCAAAUUUUACCUGCAAUUAGGGUCUCCGCCCACUGAAAGCCUUAAUAAAACAGUGGUUAUAUUGUUUCCAUCAAAUAGGGGAUAACAAGCUGAUAGGUGGGUGUACGACCAUUGGGACCACCAAAAUUGUCCCAGGAUUGGUGUGCAUUGUGCGUGCUCUGCCUGCACUACAUUCUGUCAAACAUUUUUUAAGCACUAAACUUUUUGUCUCCUAUCAUAUGGGUGAUGAAUAACAUCUUGAGCUGAGAAUACCCCUUGUAGAUUUUAAAAAUCUAUGUGUGAAUAUUUUAGCUAAUGACGAUGUAAUUGUUUUGCACAUCCACAUGAUUUUUAUGAAUUUUUUUCUCAUGUCUUGCACUUUAAGAUGAACCUAAAUUAAAAUUGUUUGCAUUUAAAAUGCUGAA